AGGAAAGGAUUGAUUGAGCUUACACUUCCACAUUGCUGUUCAUCACCAAAUCCGUGAACCACAGUAGCUGCUAUGGCUGGGAAGCCUGUGCUUCACCACUUCAAUGCCCGGGGCAGAAUGGAGUGCAUCAGGUGGCUCCUGGCUGCAGCAGGGGUGGAGUUUGAAGAGAAGUUUAUACAGAGUCCGGAAGAUUUGGAAAAGCUCAAAAAAGAUGGGAAUUUGAUGUUUGACCAAGUGCCCAUGGUGGAGAUUGAUGGGAUGAAGCUGGCACAGACCAGAGCCAUUCUCAACUACAUCGCCACCAAAUAUGACCUCUAUGGGAAGGACAUGAAGGAGAGAGCCCUGAUUGACAUGUAUACAGAAAGUAUUUUAGAUCUGAAUGAAAUGAUUGGGCAACUGUUAAUAUGUCCCCCAGACCAAAGAGAAGCCAAGACUGCCUUGGCAAAAGACAGAACCAAAAACCGUUACUUGCUUGCCUUUGAAAAGGUGUUGAAGAGCCAUGGACAAGACUACCUUGUAGGCAACAGGCUGACCAGGGUGGACAUCCACCUGCUGGAACUUCUCCUCUAUGUGGAAGAGUUUGAUCCCAGCCUUCUGACCCCUUUCCCUCUGCUGAAGGCCUUCAAGAGCAGAAUCAGCAGCCUCCCCAAUGUGAAGAAGUUCCUACAGCCUGGCAGCCAGAGAAAGCCUCCC